AUGCCUCCUCAAACAAUUUCCGAAAGCUUCAAUGGCCCGCUCCCAAAAUCUCCGUCUAUUAAGCUAGAUCCCCCUCGAAAUAAAGAGGGUUAUCGCUACCUUCCAAAGAUCACUACUGGUUCCACUAGAGAGCAUGAUCCUCCGGAGGCUUAUAUCAAAAUGAAACCCAUGGGUCUUGCGCAGUUGGCAAAUGAUGCCAUAGAACACGCUAGGCGCAAGAACCCACGGGCACUAAGUGCUGUCAUGCCAACGCUGGAGCGGACCCAUUUGCUUAAAAAUGAAGCAGAUGGAUCAGAGAGGGUUGAUGCCCGGACUAGUCGAUUUGACAUAUUAUGGACUCUUUGUGACGAGCAUGGCGCGGAAGAGAAUAUUGCCGUACUUGAGAUGAAAAGCACCCAUGUCAUACAUGAGAAAGACUUUUUACCUGCAGAAGCCACCACCCAAGCGGAAUUUAAUUCCAAGGUUGCCCACGCCUACACGAUAGAAAGAGGAGAUAAUGAGCCCUCCACAUGUCUGGAAGAAAACGCUACCAAACUUGCUAGGCAAGCUGAUAAGUACGCAGCCCGUUGCAGACAUGUGGUAUUGUUUGACUGGACGGCCAUGUUCCUUUUUGAGUUUCGACGUGUGCACAAUCCGCUCUAUGCGAGUGACAAAGCUGCCCGAGGUUUCUUUUUCACCGAGUCCUCUCCUCGCCCAGACUACCUAAACAUUUGUCGUCUACUGCUUGCCUUCGUGGCUGAACCUCUGAAAGAAGCCCUGAGAGCAAUCUGA